AGCAGAUAUAACCAUUAGUAAAUGAUAACGAAUACCAUGACAAAUCAUGGUCAGAGCCAGAGCAAGAUGAAAUAAUAAUGUCAUUACUAUGUCUUUACUUCAACCAGUGAACAUAAUUUUAGUUACAGCUGGAAGCAGAGGCGAGAAAUUACUGUUUAGAUACCCGUAUAAUGAGCUUAUGAAUCAUAAUGAUGAUGAAAAUGGCAGCAAAAGCAUUGCAUCUGAAAAAAAAUUGAGUUAUUUAGAUAAAACUCUAGCUAAUGUCCUAACUCCUGGAGAAAAGUUGUGCGGAAAGAAGUUUGAAUUGAGAAUUGAUGACAUAUUAUUCAUUGGCCAUCCUACUCUCGUAUCGCAUAAUUCCUUUAAUCAGAGAAAUGAUAUUAAAGUUGAUGUUGAUGACAUCAAACUGUUCAACAUUGUUUUUGCUCUUCAGGCGGAUGUUGAUUAUUCAAUCUGUGAAAGUUACCAUGACCUUUCUCACAAGAUUUCUACUGCUUUGAAACAUGAAGAACUCAGAUGUGGUUAUUUUAGUUCAGAAAGGCAAACAAUGUUGGAAAUACACGAUGAAGUUUCAGAGCUACCUGAAGCCAACGAAAUCUCUCCAUUUCACCUUAUUUUAUCAAGAAGCUCUCUUGCUAGAACUCUUUGUAGUACCUUUUGUAGUGUCAGUGAAACUGGAAUGGUUGAUCUUAAAAUGAACAACUGGGUUCGUGUUGGAUUUUGUUUACCUCAAAAAGUUCAUAAUUUCAACUCUGAGUUUGUUAUAAAGCCAGAGGCAGUACUGGCUUGUUUAUCUGCCAUGAGACCAUAUCAUACUCUUCUACUGCUGGUAGAUGAAAUUUCAUUGUCAUCUUUGCUUCCGAAUGAUUCUUCUCCAGAUCUUAUUAGAUUUGUAAAGAUGUCAACUCCUUUAAAGAGCUUCCAGACAUUAUCACAGGAUACUGAUAUUCCUUUGUCUUUGAUAUUUUCCAUCGCAGCUCAUCUUGUUUAUUGGGGUAAAGCGAAGAUAAUUUACCCUCUCUGUGAGAGUAAUGUUUAUGUUGUUUCGCCAAUGGCUUCUAUUCAUUGCCAAUCUGAAAUUGCUGAACAUUUUUCAUCUGAAUACAUUGGCAUGUCUCUUCAUGAUCAUUUAGCUCAAUUUUCGUUACCAACUCCCUUGGGGGAGCAUGCCAGUCCAUUAUGGUCUGUUCAGCAGAAGACAGAUCAAGUUCAACGAGUGAUUUGGAUGUUGAAACAUCAUUUAUUAUUACAGCUGCACAUGUACAUCUCCUUAAUUCCCGAAAAGAGUGGUGUUGUUGAUAACAAUGAAGUAUUUUCCCAUUGUAUUGAUUUUGACGAUCCUGAUGCCCAGAAACUUUUCAAAAGGCUCUGUCGUUAUUUUAACGGUAAGCAUCAUUUAGAAGAAAUCAUGUAUUACGAAAAUUUACGACGAAAUCAAUUAUUGACGUUAUUGGAAAAAUUCCGUAAAGUUUUGUUUAUUUGUCAACAUGAAGAUAUGGCAACUGUGUAUGACAAUAAUACAUCAACUUUUCAAUAACGGCGUUGCGGGCGUUGCUGGUGGGAUUGGUGAUGACGUCUGUGGUAUGGGUUCAGGUACUGGGACCAAGAUAAUCUUUGGUGGAUUUUUUACGUUCAUCAUUCCUGUUGUGUAAAUAAAUGUUGAAUUCGUUGUUCUACAACGAUAAAAUUUACUGUAAAAUAGCAAUUUUGUGCAAUUGUCCUAUCUCACCGUUUGUAGUCGCAACUUUUACAUCUUCCUGAUCAGUUUCUUGUACUUUCUUCUCGUCUGGUGAAUUUUCCUCUUUCAAAGGGUCAUCUGAUAGUGUUUUGUUCGAUUCCUUCAAACUAUCUAAAACCAUUUAAAUGAUACAUAUAUUCUUGAGAUUCUUAGGUUUUGCUCUGUACCCAAGUAAACAAAAUGUUUAAACUAUGAUAUUUGUUGCAACAGAAUAAUUUAAUUGGAUAUCAAGUCAACAAUUGUGUAAAUAUAAGUAGAUAUAACAUUAUAACAAUAAUAUUCUCUCUGUAUUUUGUAUGGGAUUUAGUCGCUAUUGUAUUGUUAAGUAUCAUUGAGAAGAAAUCAUGUACUGUGAAAAUUAACGACAAAAUGAAUUUUUGACGUCCUGGCAACCAGCUCCAAGAACACGAAAAUACGUCGUAAUAGUCAUGCUAGAAAAUUCUUGAAUCUUCGUUUGUUAUUAAAAUCAUAAAAAUGAUUUUUUAAAAUCCGGAGAAACUUUUAUUUUACAAUAGAUACAUGUAUAUAUAAUUGCGUAAAAUACAAUGAAACUCAUUGUUCAUCCAA